CCACUGGUUGGUCAGUCGUUUUAGAUAUUCCGUAAAGAAUGGAACGCUGGUCGGGAAAAGUGGCUGUAGUUACGGGUGCUAGCUCUGGAAUAGGAGCAGCUAUUGUGAUUGAUCUAGUCAAAGCUGGAAUGAUCGUUGUUGGCCUAGCUAGACGAAAGGAUCGUGUCGAAGCUUUGAAGAAAGACAUACCGAGCAAUGCAACUGGAAAAUUGUAUGCAGUGAAGUGUGACAUAACAAGAGAUGACGAUAUUGUGAAAGCUUUCGGUUGGAUUGUUUUCGAACUGGGAGGCAUCGACGUGCUCGUAAAUAAUGCUGGGAUUGUGAAAAUGAUUCCUUUGUUGGAAGAGGGAAAUGAGGACAGUCUAAAAAGCGUUCUGCAAACAAAUCUCUGGGGAUUGGUUUUGUGUACGAAAAAGGCAGUUGAAAUAAUGCGAAGGAAGAAAACUGUUGGUGGUCAUAUAAUCAAUAUAAAUAGUAUUGCUGGCCACAAAGUCAUCGGCUCUUUUGGACGGCAGCCCGUCAGCAACGUUUAUCCUUGUAGUAAAUUUGGAGUCACGGCAUUGACUGAAGUGUUAAGACAAGAAUUCGCUUUCGAAAAUAUGAAAAUGAAAGUUACAAGCAUCAGUCCAGGUUUUGUUAAAACUGAAAUUUUGCCAGCCGAGGUGUUCGCAGCCUUUCCUUACCCUAGUUUAAAUGCUGAUGAUAUUUCAGAAGCGGUCAUUUUCGCUCUGGGUACACCGCCUCACGUUCAAAUACAUGAGCUAAUAAUUAAGCCAGUUGGUGAAGUUUUUUAAUGUUUCAACGGAGUCUAGUGAUGGUUUUUCUUAAUGAAAUUUUGUUAUACAGCAUCGCUAUCUUUUAACAGAAACAGAAAAAUAUAGUGCCGGCCAAUGUGGUAGAUCAAGCCAUAA